CUCUAUUAUAAUUUAUACUAUGUAUACGUUACAUAAAUAUUUUUAUUUUUCAAACGAAAAAAAUGGCAAAAUCAUUUGAAAAUGAACAUCCAAUUAAGGCAUUUGGAUGGGCAACUAGAGACACUUCUGGAGUUCUUUCUCCUUUCAAUUUUUCAAGAAGGGUGACAGGUGAAAAAGAUGUGCAAUUUAAAGUUAUGUAUUGUGGAAUUUGUCAUUCUGAUCUUCAUCAACUCAAGAAUGAAUGGGGAAAUGGCAAGUACCCCAUGGUGCCUGGGCAUGAGGUUGUUGGUGUUGUAACUGAGGUGGGAAGCAAGGUGGAGAAAUUUAAGGUUGGAGACAAAGUAGGUGUUGGAUGUAUGGUAAGAUCAUGUCGAAAAUGUGAGAAUUGUAGCGUUGAUCUCGAGAAUUACUGCCCUCGUCAGAUUCCUACAUACAACGGCUAUAGCUUAGAUGGAACCCUUACGUUUGGAGGUUACUCUGACAUGAUGGUAUCCGAUGAGCAUUUUGCAGUUCGUUGGCCUGAAAACUUGUCGAUAGACGCUGCUUCCCUGUUAUGUGCUGGAAUUACUACUUAUAGUCCUUUGAAAUAUUUUGGACUCGAUAAGCCUGGAAUGCACAUUGGUGUUGUUGGUCUUGGAGGGCUCGGACAUAUGGCUGUUAAGUUCGCUAAGGCAUUUGGAACCAAAGUGACUGUCAUUAGUACAUCUGCUAAUAAGAAGCUAGAAGCAAUUGAGCGUUUAGGCGCAGACUCUUUCUUGAUCAGUCGCGAUCUUGAGCAGAUGAAUGCUGCAAUGAACACAUUGGAUGGGAUUAUCGACACUGUUUCGGCGGUGCACCCUAUUCUUCCAUUGCUUAUGUUGAUGAAAUCUCAUGGUAAGCUUGUUAUGGUUGGUGCACCAGAAAAACUGGUGGAGUUGCCCGUGUUUCCACUACUUAUGGGAAGGAAGCUAGUGGCUGGAAGUUGCGUAGGAGGGAUGAAAGAGACUCAAGAAAUGUUGGAUUUUGCGGCAAAGCAUAACAUAACACCAGAUAUUGAAGUUGUGCCAAUGGACUAUGUGAACACAACGUUGGAACGUCUUCUGAAAUCGGAUGUGAAAUAUCGUUUCGUGCUCGACAUUGGCAAUACAUUGAACAAGAAAUGAGAAUAGGGAGGGGUUCAAUUAUAUAGCAGUGUUUCUUUGCCAAUUAGAUUACAUUAAUUUCAGAGAUGAUUAAUCAAAUGUGUUUCUUGCACUUAUUAAAAUAGAAUAAGAAUGUAACAUUUUACAGUAGAUAUCAAUGGAGACUAUGCAACUUCAGUAGAACUUGAUGGUUGGGGAGAAAUUAUUGGAUUCGAAAACUUCUUUC